AUGGCGGGAAACUUCAAGGUCUGUGUCGUCGGCGGUGCGGGUGGCAUCGGCCAGCCUCUAAGCAUGCUGAUGGCUAUGGACCCGAACGUCUCUGAACUCUGCGUGUAUGAUCUGACCCUGGCCAUGGUUCCGGCUGAGGGCGUCGCUGCUGACCUGUCGCAUCUGAACAAGAAGUGCAAGGUCAAGGGCUAUGCUUUCGACAAGGACGAUAAGGCCAUUGACAAGGCGGCCGAAUGCCUCAGUGGCUGCAACCUGGUGCUGGUUCCGGCUGGAGUUCCCCGGAAGCCGGGCCAGGACCGAAAGGACUUGCUUAACAUCAACGCAGGGAUCGCCAAGAACAUUGUGGAGGCAUGUGCGAAGCACUGCCCAGAGGCAGUGGUUGGUCUCAUCGUCAAUCCUGUCAACUCCGUUGUGCCUGCCAUGUGCGAGCUGUGGAAGAAGAAAGGCCUGAAUCCGGCUAAGAUUGUCGGGGUUACUACUCUGGACGUCGUGCGUGCGGACAAGUUCGUGCACGAAAUGACCGGGCUGCCUAUGGAUGACAUCGGCGUGCCUGUCAUUGGCGGUCAUGCCGGCACCACGAUCUUGCCUUUGUUCUCCCAGUGUCAGGUGGGCAAGACGAUUCCUGCAGACAAGAUUCCAGACCUCGACAAGAAGGUUCAGGAUGCUGGCACUGUCGUGGUGGCGGCCAAGAACGGCAAGGGCAGCGCCACCCUGUCCAUGGCCUACGCUGGGGCUCGUUUGGGAAAGGCAGUGCUUGCUGGUUUGAACGGUGAGGUCUCUACAGAGUGCGCCUAUGUUGAGUCCAAGGUCACAGAUCUGCCAUACUUCGCUUCCAAGGUGACCUUCGGCAAGCAGGGUGUGGAGACUGUCCACCCUCUUGGAGAUCUCAAUGAGUAUGAGAAGAAGCGGCUGAACGAGUUGACGCCGAUCCUGAAGGAGGAGAUUGAAGCUGGUCUGGAGUAUGCCAAGGAGAACGAGUUCGCUGUGGGGACUCCGAACUACUGGGCUCCCGAGGUUGCCAAUGCCUCUGCGGGUGGCUACGAUGAAAGGAUUGAUCUCUGGAGCUUGGGGGUAAUCCUCUAUGUGCUGGUGGAGGGAGUGCUUCCGUUCCCGAGCCGCUGCAAAGUUCCGAAGCUCGUGUUCCAGGAGGACUGUAAAUUGAGUCACCUGGCCAGACAUCUGACCUGGCGCCUCAUGCAGAUCAAGCCGGAGGACCGCUUAUCGCUGGACGACUGCCUCGUACACCCAUGGGUGACGAACUCUUCGUCUGGGUUGGUGGGCCAUGUGGUUCAGCUCUGUGAGUCCCAUUGCCGUCAUCAGCGCGGGGAACGUGAGCGCUGCGCAGUGCUACCACACGACCCGAAGAACGUUGGGAGGCUCCGCAAAAAGCUGCAGGAGCUCACGCUGAGCCACAAAUACCCCAUGCAUCUGCGUGCACGAGACUCGCAAAAGGAGGUGGCGAUGUGCUUCAGAAAAGCAGAUGACCAACACAGUGUUGAUGCAGCUUGGCAGGAGCUGCUGCUUGCUCUGAAGCCCGAGUUCCGAGGGAAGCUCGAAAGCCGCGAGGUGGCCGUGGAUGCGAGCGCGGUCUGCUGCGAGGGGCGCAGCAGCCGGCAAAGCAUGGGCUUCUCAGAGGAAAAGAUCCACCAGCAAGACCUAGAGCUAGAAGCCCUCAUGGCUGAGUUUCCAGAUAAUGUGGAGGCUGCCACGGGUAGCUUUGCUCCAGCUCCCAGGCAUCUGGAGGUCGCGCUGAAGAGUGGGCAGAAUAGCCUUUGGCUGCGGCUGGAGCUGCCGCACACGUAUCCUGAAGAAAACCGACCACCGGAGCUGACGCAUAUGGUGGUGCAGUCGCAAGACUCCCCGUGGUCUCUUCAGAAACAGGAGCCUCUGCGGAGCCAGAUCCAGGACUUCAUACGUGACCCUCCUGCACGUGCUCCGCCAGGAAAAGGCCUGCAGAUGCUGGUACGUUGGCUACAAGAACAAAUCCUGGAUGGUCCAAAUGGAUUGAUGCAGCCGACGGAGCCCUCAGAACCGUCUCCAAUGCAAGCCGAGCUAGAGCCCGAGAAGGAUCCGGCCAAUGAAGCGUCAGAUGGUUCAGUCCCCGCCACGCCAUCCACUGCUUCGCGCGGAGUGCAGUUUGCCCGUAUUUCUGUCAUUGUGCACCAUCAUGAUGAGAAGAUGGAUGAAAAAGGCCUGGCAUCUGACCGGCUACGGCCCAGCCUCCGCGGAAAGGCUUUCUUCCCGCACCUGAAGAUGAAGUUUCCCCAGAUCACUGGCUUCUUGAGCUUUGGAAAGCCCGCCCUGCUGCUAGCUGAGGGCCCGGAGACUGACCUGCACAGGCUCAUUGCCGAGGCCAACAAGUUUCCGAAAUGGUGGGAUGUGACGGUCUCGAUGUUUGACCGUCAAAAAGCGGUGGACAUCAAUACCUGGCGAGCCUUCCCAGAUUUCAGAAAGAUCAAGACAGAGGACAUCGACACCACCCUGAAAGGCUUGCAAGCGGAGCACUGCCGGCUCUACGAGGACGCGCUCGUGGGCACAAACUUGGACCCCAGGAAGCGGGAAAAGGCGGAAAAGGCUCGCAAAUCGUCGAAGAAAUGA